GCUCCGCGCCCCCCGCGCCUCCUCAACCGUCCGCGGCCCCCAGAGCGGCGCCCCCGAGCCCCGCGGGCAUGCUACGGCUCCUGGCGCUGCUGCUCUCGGUGCUGCCGCCGCCCGCGCGCGCCCGGGAGCCCUCGGCGCAGGACGUGAGCCUGGGAGUGGACUGGCUGACCCGCUAUGGCUAUCUGCCGUCACCCCACCCUGCCCAAGCCCAGCUGCAGAGCCCUACGAAGCUGCGGGAUGCUAUCAAAGUUAUGCAGAGGUUUGCCGGGCUGCCUGAGACGGGUGUCCUGGACUCAGCAACGAUGGCCACCAUGCAGAAGCCCCGCUGCUCCCUGCCUGAUGUGCUGGGGGUGGCAGAGCUGGUCAGGCGCCGCCGCCGCCGCCGGUAUGCUCUGAGCGGCAGCAUGUGGAGGAAGCGAACCCUGACGUGGAGGGUACGCUCUUUUCCCCAGAGCUCAGCACUGACCCAGGAGACCGUGCGGACCCUCAUGCACCACGCCCUGACCACGUGGGGCGUUGAGUCAGGCCUCAAAUUCCAGGAGCUGGUUUCUCAGGCCCCAACAGAGCCCGACAUCCUCAUAGACUUUGCCCGGGCAUACCACCAGGACAGUUACCCCUUCGACGGGCAGGGAGGUACCCUAGCCCAUGCCUUCUUCCCCGGGGAACACCCCAUCUCUGGGGACACUCACUUCGAUGAUGAGGAGACCUGGACUUACGGGUCAAAAGAUGGUGAGGGGACUGACCUGUUUGCUGUGGCUGUUCAUGAGUUUGGCCACGCCCUGGGCCUGGGCCACUCCUCAGCGCCCAAUUCAAUCAUGAGGCCCUUUUACCAGGGCCCGGUGGGUGACCCGCACGAGUACCGCCUGUCCGACGACGACCGAGAAGGCCUGCAGCAGCUCUAUGGGAAAGUGCCCCAGACCCCAUAUGAUAAGCCCACAAGGAAACCCCUGGCUCCUCCUCCCCCACCCCCCGCCCUGCCCCCGGACAGUCCCUCUCUUCCCAUCCCUGACCGGUGUGAUGGCAAUUUUGACGCUAUCGCUAACAUCCGUGGCGAAAUCUUCUUCUUCAAAGGGCCCUGGUUCUGGCGCCUGCAGCCCUCGGGGCAGCUGGUGUCCCCCCGGCCGGCGAGGCUGCACCGCUUCUGGGAGGGGCUGCCCGCGGCGGUGGACGUCGUGCAGGCCGCCUACGCCCGGCACCCCGACGGCCGCAUCCUCUUGUUCAGCGGCCCCCGGUUCUGGGUGUUCCGGGACCGGCAGCUGGAGGGCGCCCCGCGGCCGCUCACGGCGCUCGGGCUGCCGGCGGGGGAGCAGGUGGACGCCGUGUUCUCGUGGCCGCUGAACGGGAAGACCUACCUGAUCCGGGGCCGGCGCUACUGGCGCUACGACGAGGCGGCGGCGCGCGCGGACCCCGGCUACCCCCGCGACCUGAGUCUUUGGGAAGGGGCGCCUCACGCCCCGGACGACGUCACCGUGAGCAACACGGGUGACACCUACUUCUUCAAGGGCGCCCACUACUGGCGCUUUCCCAAGGGCAGCGUCAAGGCCGAGCCCGACUCCCCGCAGCCCAUGGGCCCCAAGUGGCUGGACUGCCCGGCCGCCAGCGCCGACCCACGCGCCCCCAGGCCCCCCAGGGGGACCCUGGCCCCCGGGACCUGCGAUUGCCACUGCGAGAUCAAUCAGGCCUCAGGGCGGCCGUCGCUGUCCUUAGAGGUGUCCCUUCUGGCCCUGCUGCUGGGCGGCGUCGCCUCCGUUUGAGGGGGACCGGCUCCUCCGCGGGUCUGGGGCGCGGGGGGUCCUGAAUGGCCGCGGAGGCGCAUCCUCUGUUCCACCGGCGGGCGGGCAGCUGGGAGCUGAGCCCCGGGGACGGGGACGGGACAAACGGCUGGCCUGUAGCCUGGACCGGUCACCUGCUCCGCCCGGCCUCCCCCCGCCACACCCCCCACCCCCGCCCGCGCUUCUACCGCAGGACGCUCCCUUUCCCGGAAGAGCUGGUGCUUCUCGGAGCUCGAGGGACGUCCCUCAGCACUCGCCUGGCGACAGACCCUCGCAGGAGCGGUGGGGGCGCUUCGGCUCUCGAGGGAUGGCCUGAAGGUCUCCACCCGCUGCUCCGGGGUUCCCAGGACGGCCCUACCCUGUGACACAGCCGCGACGUCCCCCAAUGAGGCACGGAUUGGGACCCCAGACCCAGCCCUGGAACUGCCCCUGAGCGCCCACCUCUUGGGUGACAUCAGUGGCCACCCGGAUGGCCCUCCACAACCUGAGCCUCAGGACCUCCUUUCUGGACCCAGAACUGUCCCCGUUUGACAGAACCCCCUCCCAUCCCUCAGAUCCUCUCAAUACCAUCACCCUGGAGUGUCGGCCACCUCCCUCAAGGACAGCUCCCAGACUCCUCAGCUCAGUGCGCUGGGAAGCCAGUGGACUCAAUUCCCCUCAAUCCAGGGCCACUGCUUCCUUAGCACCCUCACCCACCUCCCUCUCCACAGAAUCCAGGAUCUAAAUCAGUGCCUCUGGAACAAUACUUCUGGAAUAUUCCACAUCAGAAUCACCUAGGGAAUUAAAAAAUGCAGACCCGA